UGAGAUUGAGCCAAAGUUAUGUAAUGUUGGUGCUCUAAAGUCACCACCAAUUCCGGAGUUGUGGCAUGGCCGAAAGUUGUUCCGCUCCGUCUCCGGCUCCGGCGAAGCCUGUUGUGGUUAGGGUGAAACGAAAACCCUUUCAUUCUCCACUCGAUGCUUUCUGGUUGGAAAUCAAUGAAAGGCCAUUCAAGCGCCCUCUCUUGGAUUUCGGAAACCUAUCCAUCUCUCAGUCUCAAUCUUCUUCUCAAAACGUGGAAAUUCAUAACAAGAAGGUUUUGGUGCAACAUGUGGAGACAAUAAGCAGCUCUGAUGUCACUUUAGAUAUUGUCCAAUCAUUCGUGGAACCUGGUUCUAGAAGUGCUUCCGAAUCUAAGCCAAAUGUUGUGGAAAGGAAAAACUUCUUCAAAAAAGUUAAAAAGCAAGAUCAGCUAUUGGUUAAAGCUAAACAAGAAAAACAGUUUUCAGCUAAAGAUGCUCGUUUUGAACAAAUAUGGAAGAGCAGGAAAGUAAACAAGGCGACAGCUGAUGAAAAUGUGUUGCAAGAAAUAUGCCAGUUUUAUGACAUUGUUCGUGUUGAUUCUGAAGAAAACAUCAAGGAGGUGCAACAGGAAGAUAUUUCCUUGGAGGAUCAAAGACUUUUGUCUAGUUUCCUCCCUUUACUAAGAGAGGUUAUUCCUAAUGCUGCUGCAGAGGUUGAAGCUGAUAUAAGUGAUCAUUCCAAACAAGAGGACUAUGUUUAUGACCUCUACACUGUAACGGAUGAGACAAUCGUUGAAGAAAAUUCUUCACAUUCUUAUCCACUAGUUCAAGUUGAUGAAGAAGAUUAUUUUGAUGGGCCUGACAAUUCAGAUUAUGAAACUGACGACUCAAAUGCUGAAGACAAUCCAAUGAAUGAUUAUCCGGACGAGAUUUCGGAAGAUGAAGGUUCUGAGUGUGAAUCAGAAGAAAGCAAGCAUAGCGGAUCUAGUAAUGAAUUGUCAGAUGAUGAUGAGGAUGUGGAUGAUGAACUUCGUCGUUUUGCUAAAGGUCUUACUUCUGAUCCAUUGUAUGAUGAGGAUUUUGAUGAUUAUGAAGGUCAAGGUGUAGGCUAUGACAAUGAUGAGGAUGGGGAUGAAGAUGUGGGUAAUGAACAUUGAAGGUGGUCUUACCGGUGAAGCUACCUGGGUAUUCAUAAAUUCGUGCAGAAAAAUGUUUUUCCUUUCCCAUGUUUAGCAUCGCGUAAUUAGUUAACUUGAACGAGUAUUUUUGAGGCAACUAGGCUCGAAUCUAAUAUAAUAGGUAUUCACAAAAAUCACCUUCAUUUUUUUCUUCUUCAAAGUGUGGAUAUGAUAGAUAUUCUGGGUUCCUAACAGGAUAUUACUGAGUAAAAAAACCUAGGAUAUUACUCCCUCCAAUCUCAUCGUAUAUUAAAAACAGGUUAAAAUGUUAAAUAUUGUUAUUAUAUUCAA